GCAGGGAAGUGUCUGUAGUUCUCAGUAGGAGGAGCUCCACAGUUAUAUAAUCUCAAGGCAGAACUGCUGAGAGCAUAAGAGUGGGUUACACUGUGCACAAGACACCAGGGAAUCAGGCACGUGGAAACAUGUCUGGAAAACCCAAGCUGCACUAUGUCAAUGGACGUGGCCGUAUGGAACCAAUUCGGUGGCUCCUGGCAACAGCUGGGGUUGAGUUUGAAGAAUCUUUCCUGGAAAAAAAAGAGGAUCUGACAAAGUUACAGAAGGAUGGAUCCCUGCUCUUUCAGCAAGUGCCGAUGGUAGAGAUCGACGGGAUGAAGCUGGUGCAGACCAGAGCCAUUCUCAACUACAUAGCAAUGAAGUACAACCUCUAUGGGAAGGACAUGAAGGAGAGAGCCCUAAUCGAUAUGUACGUGGAAGGAAUGUUCGAUCUGAAUGAGUUACUCAUCAUGUAUGAACUCCAACCAGCAGAGAAAAAGGAUGAAUAUUUUGCAAAUAUGAUGGACAAGGCUGAAAACAGAUACUUCCCCGUUUUUGAGAAGGUUUUGAAAGACCAUGGAAAAGACUUUUUGGUUGGCAACCAGCUGAGCAGAGCGGAUGUUCAAUUACUUGAAAUCAUUUUGAUGGUAGAGGAGUGGAAGCCUGACAUACUUCCGAAAUUUCCUCUCUUGCAGCGUUUCAAAGCAAGACUAAGCAAUAUCCCCACAAUAAAGAAAUUCCUGCAGCCUGGCAGCCAGAGGAAGGCGCCAUCAAAUGACGAUGAUGUAGACAAAGUGAUUAAAAUUUUCUUCUCCUGAGCAGCACCCUAAAGCCACAGAAACUGUUUCAUUGUAUUUGCAGAUAGUAGUAAAGUGAAAUUAAUGAAAAGAAUGGCUAUGUCAAAAUAAUAGAAUGUGUAAAAAGAAAUGCUUUUGUUCGUUCCUUAGCUACUGGGCUGUUUUUUACCUACUGCAGACACUUCAAGGUAAAACUACAUGAGCCCACCAGCAAAGGCAAUAGUUCCCUAAAUAGGGGGUAUUCUGGAAAACACUGGAUGCCUCAAAUAACUUAAAAACUACCUGAAAUAAAUUCUUACUAUUGAUACUCAAAA